UCGAGACAUUGUUUUACGACACUUUGUUUAGAUGAGCUGCUGAGGUCAUUAACGUUUAAGAAGAAGCGAUUGAGGUGAUUAUUAGAGUGAAAAAGGCCAUUGCUGGGAAGGAUUUAACCUCACGAAGUUCGUCGUGAAUGACUUGGGAGUUUUCGGAAGGCAUUGCACCUGAUGACCGGGCUAAAGAGAAUUCUUCCCAGUGUUUGUAAGUUGUACCUGACAUGAAGAAAUGGGGCUGGCUGGUUGUGGUGGGCGCCAUCAUCUUGCGUCUGUGCAUUCACGCGGUUAUGACGUCAUAUGGCGUUUUCUUGGAAUACUUUAUUUGUAAAUUUCCGUCAUCGCCAGUUGCUUUCUUAGAAUCUAUAGGCGGAAUAGCUUACGGUAUCAGCGCCAUGGGAGCCCCGAUAUCUCUCGCCUUAUACAGGAAGUACAAGACACGACGAGUGGUGAUCACUGGAGUAUUUGCUGCCUCUCUUGGCUUUGCUUUGACGGGAACGGUGCAAAGUGCUGGCGCAAUAUUCGUCACCUACGGGAUUCUCCUCGGCAUUGGUGCACUUUUGACCAAUAACACGCCGUUAUUCCUGAUUGCGCAGUACUUUAAACCGGAAAACAGAUAUUAUGUGCUUGCCACAAGUCUGCCCGUCCCAUCCAUAGCAUUUGCACUUGAACCCUUGAUUCGAGGCAUCGGAAGCCACAAUGCGUUUGCCGUGCUUGCAGUAAACGCUUUCAUUUGGGGUACGCUCGCUGCGUUGGCAAUGGAAGAAAACGAAAACGAUGUCCCUAAAAACGAAAGCGGAAGCGAAGACGUGUGUGAGCACAAAAAUACCGUAUUUCAGGCAACCAAAGAGAAUGAUAAAGAUAUGGAAGAACAAGUUGGAGACACAGACCUUGGUCUGAUUGACAGUAAUAAGGCCAGCACGGGGAAUACAGAGAGCGAAAAAAGCCCUGCUCCCUCGAAAACACUGGUAGUGUGUACCUCCGUCCUGAUAUUUCUCACCUUAUUUCUCCGAGGAGCUGUAGUCCACUCUUUACCCUUUAUAAUGGUAAAACAUCUUGUCCAAGAAUUCAAUAUAACUUCCUUUCUGGCCGCGUCGACGGUGACCUUCUUUAAUGUGUCAGAUCUGUGUGGACGGUUGACCGUGGCGUUCAUUGGGGACCGCCUAUUUAAGGGACAUUUGGUAGAAAUGUGUGUGGUGUGCGCUCUCUUGCUGGGAGCUGGCUGCCUCGCUGCAAGGUUUGCUGUGCAGUUUUAUCAGAUGUUGAUUUUCAAUAUCGGGGCCGGAUACACCAUGGGUUUUAUCUCAGGUACCCGUUAUUCCACUGUUGCAGAAGCAUUGGAUCACUGGUACGCCGACGACUUGUACUCUGUCAGUAGAGUGGGGGCGGGUCUGGGGGCCAUCGUGGGAAACCUUGUGGCAGGUGCGCUGUAUGACGUCACUGGUUCUUACAGAAUAUGUUUUGUCGUUAAUCUUGGAUUCUGCUUACUCGUCGCCAUGGGGUUUGGAACGUUGAUGCUCCUGAGAGAUCGUUUCCUAAGAAGAACACACUUAUUACAUUCAGAAGGCACAGUGGAAAGUUCGUUGCAAAAAGGAAAUAAUGAAAAUGUGACAUGGACGAAAAAACUGCAUUUUGAAUUGCUAUCACAGUUUGUUCAAAUACGACGAAAAUGUCGAGAAAAAUCAGACGAAAAAAUACCUCUGAAUGAUAUGGACUCAAAAGUAAAGUAUCACACGGAUAACAACUCUUCGUUGGAGUAAAUGUACCUUCUUCUUUUUGAAACUUAUCUUUGAAUAGAUCAACGCAGUAUUGAAGUAUAUUGUAGAUUGAGUCUUUAUAAAACGGAACAUGCAGUUUUGCCGCCAGUAGAUAUACGUAUACCACAUUGAGAAAGUUGUUAAGGCAAACAAAAGUCCCAACAAUGUCUCCAUAAAAAGUCCUGUGAGUAAGAUGUCAUUCAGAACAAGAUGAUCUGCGGACUAAGAGCUCCACAGACCAAAUAUGGCCGACUCAUUUAAAAGAAGCACCGACUUCUUCCAUGAUGAUCUCCUCGCCUCCACCGCGCCGUCGUUGUAGGGGCCUUGGAAUUACUCAGAAUUGAUUUUUAAUCAGAUUAAUUGCGCGUGUGGAGGCAGGGAGCCCAUCAGAGGACUUAGCGGCGCUGCUCUGAAUUUCUGUCGGCCAUAUUUAGUCGGUGGAUCAGUUAGUUCUCGGUUAAUCUGUUCUGAAUCGCCCCUUAAACUCUCCGCCGAAACGGGUCACGUUGAAUGUGGCUCCACCAAACACGUGCAAUAAGGUAGAACUUAACGUUGUCAAAGGGUUGAUUCAGAACUCACCACUCUCACCACCCUGUAUGGAUGUACACAUGUAUAGCGGCGCGUGCAUCCUUAUUCAAAUGAGACCGUUAAGGAAUAUUUAUAGCAGAAAAAAUCCGUUCAUACAUCAAUUUUCGUGAAAUAUGAAACGGUUUUCUUUGGUACUAUUUCUUUAAGUUAUACUGUUUGAAGCUAUAUGGUGUCGUUAGGUCGGGUUUUGCGACAAAAAAUUAACUUUAUAUUCCUCUGAAGUAAUCUAUUUAGCACUUUGUCACGCCUUAUCUAAGUACAGGGUAAAUAUUUAAAGUUUAUGAUUUAUCUCCCCCGACCAUUGCACUACAGAAUCAAUUAACGAAAUAAAAUGA